AUGGGGUCGUCUUCAUAUCAUCCCGAUGAUGAAAUCAGUCCCUUGUCGUCCCCGUUGGGGCCCCUUUCAGAAUCACCAGACUCCGAUCCAUUCGUUGGCGGACCCGAGGCGCAAACGCAUGAGUCAAUGAAAUAUUCGGCGGAUACAGGUCUUGAAUCCCUUCCGAGAUCUCCCCUACUUGAAAACGAGCAUGGACUCGGCCCGUCCGGGCUAGAUCGUAUACGCCAACAGCCGUCUCGAGUUUUGACCCUCCCGAAUCUGUCGACCUCCUCGCUGGUUCCCAUUCCUCAGCAUUUCCAUUCGCCGUCACCACGCUCCGCCUCGUCAUCCCGCGCUCAUUCCACCCACCGCCCACCGAAGCAGGAUGUCGGUGCGCUGGAAGACCUUCAUCGAUUCCCGUUAGAAUCUCUACACUCCUUCUCCUUCGCGCAACAAUCGGAUGAACUGCUCCACAACCGCCAAAAUAUACUCAAGAGGUCGAUUGAUUUCAUGCGCGACCGGUUUGGGUGGGCCGGUAGCACUUCGGGCAUCCUCGACGCGCAGGCUCGCGUCAGUGGCGACUCGGAACUGCAAAGCAUGGUAGAUCUUCUGGCGAGAUCGAACGUGCUGUCCAGAGAAGAGCGGUAUGGCCAUGCUGACCUGACGAGGGGCCCGUUGACAGGCCCGGCGAGCGUGGACAGCGACAAUGUGUUCGAUCGAGCGUUCACCGAGUCGCAGCCCCGCAUGCUUCAGGAUGAUGAAUCGUCGACGGACUAUUCGAUCUCUCCGACACAGUCACCGAAUUACCAUAUCGCAAGCCAAAAGAGGGGAAGGAGGUCCAUCCCCUCGCCCAGGCGCGUAAGCUUAAAACCACAAUCCUACUCUACGACGACGGAUCCAUAUACGUCCACCGGCUCCAUCACCGCGGGGAUGGGUCCCCCGGUCCCGACCCUACACACCCACAGCAGCAAGUGGAACCCCGUCUCCCAGGCCGUCUUCCGAACCGAAUCCCAGGCCCCGUGGGUGAUUUUGGCGGCCAACGACCUGUCAUGUCUCGUAUUCGGCGUCACGCAGGCCGAGCUCCGCAAACUCAGCAUAUUAGAAGUGGUGCAGGAAGACCGACGGGAGUGGCUCGCAUCGAAGCUGCGGGACCCCGUCACCAAAGCCGCAGCGAAAGUCCAGUCGUCGGUGGACAAGUCCCGUGCCAGACCGGCAAAUCCCAAAUCCACGGGUUUUGGCAACGGGGUCACUGCCCAGCUGCUCGGUAAACCGUCUUCCCGAGCGAGGAGGGCCCAGACGGACGACGGAUACGGAUCCAGUAAACGCGUGCCGAAACAGCUCAACCACCCGGCCACGAAAUCGCGCGGCGUGUUGCUUUGUGGUGACGUGGUGCCUAUUCUGAAGCGCAACGGGACCAAAGGAUCGGCCAGUGUUUGGGUAAUGGAGAAGCGAGGUGGUUUGAUCUGGGUCAUUGAGGAGAUCGAAGAAGACGUCGCAUAUGUUCAAUGCGACCAUUCGUGGAAGGUUGCCAACGCCCGCGGUGAUGCCGAUCGAAUCUGGGGCCGGGGGACGGUCGAGCCUGGCAAGCCCAUCACGGACUUCCUCCCCCAACUUACCCGGGAAUGCCUGGAUUCCGCGGUCGAUAAAGGCGCGACAAGAAUUCCCGGCAUGAAGCAGUUUGCUGCUCGUACGUCUGCCGGAUUCUGCGUUCCGACGACCGUGUCGAACGAAGGCGGCAGUUGUCUUCGAGUGUCUAGCUUUCCGCACGUCGCUGGUAUGAUGGUGCUGUCUUCGUCGACGCUGAAGAUCAUCAGCUCAAAUUCGGUCUUCUCCUCCGCUCUAUUUGGCCAGGAGCGGCCCGAAGGACUACAUAUCAACGCCUUGAUACCUGGCUUCGACGAGCUUCUCAAUGUGCUUACGGAAGAGGAAAAGGUUCCACUGGUGGACGGGAUCGUGAUCCCGGAGACCAGUUUUCGCCGGGCACGAACCCUCUCGAUCCUUCGCGACGGGAAGGCCAACGUGGCCUCGGUGUUCUUGGAGCCUACCGGUCUGGCUGCCAAACACCGCGAUGGUUCGACGAUUUCCGUGGACGUUCAACUGCGCGUCAUCAAAAGCGGAACGUUCUUCCCGAGGCAGCAACACGGAGGUUCAGGCCGGGCCAGUGGAUCCGACUCCGAUUAUGAUGAACUCGAGGCUGUGACCGAGCUGGUUUACGCACUGUGGGUCACUUACUCCCGACAUAUCCAUUCCGCAGGACCUACGGGCAGUUCGAAGCCCUCGCAACCAUCCCCCGUUCGACCCCCGGCUGUCAGCCAUCGCAGUGACCUCGGGCCUGAAACAUCGACCCCCGCCAACCCGGAUGCUCCGCCAAAGACCCUGGAGCGGACGUCGGUGGAGACUCGGGUCCCGCUGUCGACACUGACCCAGCAGCUCAACGAAGCCGCGUCCGAACCGUUGACGGACAAGCCUGUGCAGCCAGUGCCGGAAGUCAAGCCGGGCGGGGCCAAGGAGUCACCCCAGAAAAAGUCGAUCGCCGAUUAUGUGAUCCUGGAAGAGAUGGGCCAAGGCGCCUACGGUGAAGUCAAACUGGCCCGGCUUAAGAAGAAUCCCGGGAAGAAGAUGGUCCUGAAGUAUGUGACGAAGAAACGGAUCCUGGUGGAUACAUGGACCCGUGAUCGCCGGCUGGGGACGGUCCCGCUGGAGAUCCACGUGCUGAACUACCUGCGCCGAGAAGACCUUAAACACCCGAAUAUCGUGGCGAUGGAGGGGUUCUUUGAGGACGACGUCAAUUAUUAUAUCGAAAUGAAGCCGCACGGCCUUCCGGGGAUGGAUCUGUUCGAUUACAUCGAGCUGAAGGCGAACAUGGACGAAUCCGAGUGUCGAAACAUCUUCAAGCAGGUCGUCGACGCCAUCCACCACCUGCACACGAAAGCACUGGUGGUGCACCGCGACAUCAAGGACGAGAACGUGAUCCUGGACGGAGAGGGGCGGAUCAAGCUGAUCGAUUUCGGGAGUGCGGCUUACAUCAAGAACGGACCAUUUGAUGUGUUUGUGGGGACAAUCGACUACGCGGCCCCCGAGGUCCUGCAGGGAAAAUCCUACCGCGGCAAAGAGCAAGACGUGUGGGCGCUGGGCAUUCUGCUUUACACAAUCGUGUACAAAGAAAACCCGUUCUACAGCGUCGACGAGAUCCUAGACCAUCCGCUGCGGGUGCCGUUUCUGCCAUUCACCGAAGACUGCAUCGACCUGGUGCGCAAGAUGCUCGACCGGGACGUCGACAACCGACUGACCAUCACGGAGGUGUUGGAACACCCGUGGAUGGCGGACAGUUGAGCUGGACCCCACCAUCUAUACUAUAUACCGAUAACAUUUCGACCAUCAACCGAGCCAUUUCUUCAUCUCUGAUUGAUUUGACAGCAUCCGACU